CUCACUGAAAAUCUAUUAAAUGGACUUAAAUGGAUCCCACGACGCAUCUAUUCGACUUCGAAACCUCCAAUUUGGUUCUAUUUAAUGUCGACGCGGUGGAGAAGAAUUUUUUAAACCCUUUAAGUGAAGAUAUUAAAACGAAAAGAAGUAUAACGAACCAUGAAUCUACGAAAAUACCUGCCCCGCGAAGAUAUAUUCUUCCAAACUGGAAUGGGGUAGUACAUGGUCUAGGGGAGGGUAAAUCGAAGACCCUUCCUAACUGGCGGGAUGCUAAGCAUAAGACCCGUCUUAACUGGCGGGAUGCUCAGCAUAAGACCCUUUUUAACCGGCGGAAUCCGAAGCACAAGACCCUUCCCAACUGGCGGGAUGCUAAGUACAAGACCCUUCCUAACUGGCGGGAUGCAAAGCACAAGACCCUUCCUAACUGGAUGGGAGAGUCUAAAAUUAAAACUAAAAACAUUGAUUGCUUCGGGACCCCCCUACCGUUCGACGAAGAAAUUGGUGAUAAUAGUGACGAUGAAGUGUUGGUGAUCAAUGAUUUCCCUACGCGGCAGUCUAUUGAAAACUUUGGUCGGCCAUCUACGGAUUUCAAGUCGCCUCCAAUAGUUUAUCAGCCGCGUCGCAAUUCUGAUACAUACUCUAAUUAUGACUACCAUGGCAUUUACGUUUCCAAGAGAACAAAGAAAAGAGAAUUGAUCUUAACAUCUGAUUUCAAACUACGACAAAGGAGGAAGCCCAAGUUUAUCUUUCGGAUUCAAAUGAAUUCAGCAUGGUUGCGAGCGGCGAAAGUUCACAAACAAGGACAGUCAGAUAAAUUUGUGAAAUCAGUGAUAUUACAACCCAGGCUUCUACCUCUUAAAAUUACUUCGAGAAAGCAGAUUUGUGAAGAUCUAGCGAAUGUUAAUAUAAAUCAUAAUUUCUCCGAAAGGAUGAGAAGAUUUAAUCAAAGUGUGGCUCUUGAGGAGUUACGAUUGCUAAUUCCUUCACUUAAUAGGGAGAUCGUCCGGUCGGCCUCUAAACUCAAGAUUUUGAAUGAGGCUGCCGAACUUUCCAAAGAACUGAACAGCACUGAGUCGAGACUCGAGAGCGAAUUGUCUCUGCUCCGUAAGAGGAACCUGAAGUUAAAGUGGAGAUUGAAAUCGUUGACAAAUCCCCAGUUUAUAUUGCCUCAUUAAUUCUCAUUACUUUUGAUAUUUUCAACGGUCCUCAUAUAUAUAUAUUUUCUUUAUAUUGUCAGUAUAUUGCCCUCUGAUAUGUUUUUUGAUGAAAUUGAAGUAACGAACAAAAAUGAUUAUAUUUAUAUUUUUUCAGAUUUAAUUUUAUUCAUCAUGCCGGAGACUCCAGAAAAAUUGACAGACGAGGCAACUACUUUGAAAGAAGAUGUAAAAGAUAAGGGUGAUGACAAGAAAAAUGAAGUUGAAGAGAAAGUAUCCCGGGAUGAUAUGGAAGAAGAGCUGGAUUAUGAACCGGCAAACCUAGCUGAGGAUGACCCACUUCAAGAUGAUGAAGUUGAAAUGGUUGAGGAUGAAUCUGAGGAUGAAGGUUUUGAGGUGGAAGGAGAUAUGACAAGAUUACGAUGUGUUCAAUGCGAGUUCCUCAAGUUCAAGAAUAUCGACGAAUGGAAGAAUCAUUGCAUCGGGCACUGGAGACUCGGGGGAAUGAAAGCUCUAAAGACCAGAUGCUUUGUGAAGGGGUGUGAUUUCGCUGCUAAGGAUACAAAUACAGGACAACGUUUAAGCAAACUUGGAGAUCAUUUCAUCGAGGCACACAAAUUCACUCAGACUGCUUUCCGUAAAUGUGAUAUCUGCAACCUUGAGUUUAUGGAAGAAAGGAAAUAUAAUACACACAUGAAGAAGCAUGAUCCGAGUUUUACAUGUGAUCUUUGCAAGAAGAAAAUCACAGGAAAGUUCUGGUACAGGAAGCAUAUAGAGAAAUGUUAUGGAGAUGAGAGACCAUCCUGGGCUAGGAAACCUGUAGAGGUCAACCCUGGGGAGGAUAAAGAGGUGAUAGAAAUCUACGGGAAGGAAUACGAUGUACACUGGGGAACAGUUACCAACACGUUUACAAAGAAGUCCCGAAUAGUAGCUAGAGUCUGGAUUGAGGGGAAAGCCUGGGCAGGAAAAGCAGACUCCAGAGACGAGGCAAGAACGAAACUCAUCAAAUCAUUGAAGGAUCACAUUAAGAAAACGAUGGACAAGGGUCUGUACACACUAGAAGACGGAGAACUUGUUCCAGAACCGGUUCUGUCAGAAACCCCUGCUCCUGCCACAAAACCCGCCAAAUCAAAAUGUCCGCAGUGCGGGACACAGUUCUCGAAACGCGCCAACUUGGAGUUGCACAUGUUCAUGCACAGAGGGGACGCCAAAGCAAUAUAAAUGUCAUUUUCAUCUUCUUUAAGCAUUUUGGAACAUUUAACUUCAUUACGGAGCCAUCAGUUGUCUUUCAUAUUUUAAAAUCUAUUUGAAUCUAAAAAGAAAUAAUAUCCUUAGACCGCUAGCUGUUUUGGGUUAAUACAGCCGCAUUUAUCCAAUAGUUUUCACGAAAAUUAUUUAUGUAUGGAAGUCACAAUAUGAAGAGAAAGAAAAUUGUCACUAUUUGUUGAAUUGUCUUAUUUUUUCUAAUUUCCCGAAUUUUCAGA